AUGUUUAGUCCUGAUUAUGAAAAACGUAUUUUAAAACACUGCAGUCCCGUGGCCAGAAAUCUUUUCAAUUCAUUUGAAGCUGCCUCAACAACAUCAUCGCUGGAUCGAUUUAUACCUUGCAGAGCAAACAAUAAUUGGCAAACAAAUUUCGCUUCAAUAAAUAAAUCAAAUGAAAAUUCACCACAGACGAGUAAAAAGCAAAGGGAUUGCGGUGAAACGGCGCGUGACAGUUUAGCCUAUUCGUGUCUAUUAAAAAAUGAACUGCUCGGCACUGCCAUUGAAGAUGUAAAGGCCAUUAGUGAUGAACGUAAUGAGAAUGCAUAUACACCGACAGCCAAAAGGAGUCUUUUCAAAUAUCAAUCGCCAACGAAACAGGAUUUCAAUGAACAAUGCCCUUAUUCAUUAUCGCCCGUCAGUACGAAAAGUCAAAAGCUGUUGAGGUCACCACGAAAAGCCACAAGGAAAAUAUCACGCAUUCCCUUUAAAGUCUUAGAUGCCCCUGAAUUACAAGAUGAUUUCUAUUUAAAUUUAGUCGAUUGGUCAUCACAAAACGUAUUGGCUGUUGGUUUAGGUAGUUGUGUUUACCUGUGGAGUGCCUGUACAAGUCAAGUAACACGUUUGUGUGACCUUAGCCCCGAUGCCAAUACCGUCACAUCGGUAUCAUGGAAUGAACGUGGCAAUUUAGUUGCCGUAGGUACCCAUCAUGGUUAUGUUACCGUAUGGGAUGUAGCAGCUAGUAAACAGAUCAACAAAUUAAAUGGUCACUCUGCCCGGGUUGGUGCCUUAGCCUGGAAUGGUGAUAUUUUAUCAUCCGGCUCACGUGAUCGCCUCAUCAUUCAACGAGAUACCCGAACACCAGCCCAACAAUCUGAACGACGUUUGGUCGGACAUCGUCAAGAGGUAUGCGGUCUCAAAUGGUCACCGGACAAUCAAUACUUGGCCAGUGGCGGCAAUGACAAUCGUCUCUAUGUCUGGAAUCAACAUUCUCUCAAUCCUGUGCAAUCCUAUACCGAACAUAUGGCUGCCGUUAAGGCCAUUGCUUGGUCACCACAUCAUCAUGGCUUAUUGGCCAGUGGUGGUGGUACGGCAGAUCGUUGCAUUCGCUUUUGGAAUACCCUAACGGGUCAGCCAAUGCAAUGUGUUGAUACGGGAUCACAAGUAUGCAAUUUGGCAUGGUCGAAACAUUCUUCGGAGCUGGUGUCCACCCAUGGUUAUUCACAAAAUCAAAUUUUGGUCUGGAAAUAUCCAUCGUUGACACAAGUGGCCAAGCUGACAGGACAUUCAUAUCGUGUUCUAUACUUGGCCCUGAGUCCUGAUGGUGAGGCCAUUGUAACGGGGGCCGGUGAUGAGACAUUGCGUUUCUGGAAUGUGUUCAGCAAAGCUAGAAGUCAAAAGGAAAAUAAAUCGGUUUUAAAUUUAUUUACCAAUAUUAGAUAAACA